GUAGAUAGAUAGAAAGAAUGGCUUACUGACUACUGUCAUCCAUUCUAAAAAAAAUUUUUGGAAAAUCGGUACCGCGUGACAAGUGAAACAGUUUUUUUUGUCAUUUUUGUGUGUUUAUUGCUCUACGUGAAGAUGCUCAGUAGAAAGGUUCUCACGUUUAUAAUAAUAACCUUGGAGGUGAUUUCAAGCCAAAAAGACAGUGAUGAAGGUCGGCCUUAUGAAUUCGGAUUUACUAUAGAUGGACAACAGCAUAGACAUGAGAAAAAAGAUCAAAAUGGUAUCAUCCAAGGAGAAUUUGGGUUCAUAACUGCGGACGGUGUUUAUCAUGUUACUGUCUAUGCAACAGAUGAAAAUGGAGAUUUUAAAAUUCUAAGUAUGAAAAACAUACGGAUAAGUGCCCCUCUUGACGGAUCUCCUGCUCUCGGUCCUAUAUCUCCAGAAGCUUCUAAAUACCUUAAGAAAGCUAAUCUUACUGAUCGCACGGAACCAGUUAAACCUAAUACGGCUACAUCAGCUCCUCAAAAAUUCGAAAGAGCACAAGAAGCAUCUCCACGAACUGUUACAGAAAAAACCAUAGCUAGUACACAAAAAGCGCCGUAUGUUUUCACUACUCUUAGUACCAUCCGACCUGCUUGUGGUGGAUGUGGUUUGAUUGCCACUAUGAAACCUGGUUUGAAAUUCGAUUUUCAAAAUCCUGCUUUUAGAGGGACUACAUCAGAAGUUACGAGUCCCCAAGUUUCGCCGAUGUUCAAAAAAGUAUUAAAUGGCAACAUGUUUUCUUCUCCUGGAGAGAAGUCAACUUCGUUCUUCGUAAACGGUCAACAACAAAAUCUUCCGUCUAACGCAGAGUCUUUAUCCCAAAGAUUGAACGGUAAUAUGGCUCCUUCUUUUGGAGAAAAAAGAACCCAACCUUCAUUCUCCUUGAAUGGCCAACAACAAAAUAAGAACACGGCAAAACAAAGUUCAUUUGAGCAAAACGGAUAUCGAAGACAAAACUUUGGAGGUACUGCUGAACAACAAGCGAAAACUGUUUCAACAUCCAAUGAUUUCACAUCUUCCGAUAAUGUGUUUGGUGGUAAUGAUGGAAAUGUUCCCAUAUCCAGAGUUCCCGAUAGUGACUACAACAUACCUGGAAUUAAAGCUACGGGAAAUUAUCAACAAACGCAAUUUGGAAAUAAUGCUCCAGGACUAAACAAAUUUUCGGAUUAUGCAUCUGAUGGGUUUGGAAAUGUCGAAGGUCAAAAAAUGCAGACUCAAAAUAGAUAUUCAGAUUUUCCGUCUGACGCAGAUGCGUUAUCACCAGGAUCAAGCGGUGGUAUGGCUCCUUCUUUUGGAGGGAAAGGAACUCAAGCUUCAUUCUCCCUAAACAGCCAACAACAAAAUACCAAUACAAGAAUACAAACUUCAGUUGUUAUUAGCCACUCUCAACAAAACACAGAAAAUGAGCAAAGACAAUAUUUUGGAAGUACUGCUGAACAACAAGCGAAAAAUGUACCAACAUCAAAUGUUUUCACAUCAUCUGAUAAAAUGUUUGGUAGUAUUGGUGGAAAUGUUCCCGUAUCCAGAGUUUCUGGUAGUGAUUAUAACAGUCCUGGAAUUCAAACUACUGGGAAGUACCAACAAUCACAGUUUUCGGAUAAUCUACAAGCCUCUGAUGGGUAUAGAAAUCUCCCUGAAGAUGGUUCUUCUUAUGGAGAAACUGGGCAGAAUAGAAAUAGCGGAUAUGGAUCAGGCUCAAACUCUAACCAGGCCGCAGGAAGAAUGAAUGCAGGAUUUUCACAAGAUAAAUUUGGAGAUUUUUCAUCUAAACCUACCAGCUCAAAUGGACCAAAUCCUUUGCUUCAAUCACAAGAAAUACAAAAACUUCCUCCAGUUGUUGUAUCUGAUAACGUGAUUCACGUUAUGGGUAAAAAACCCUUUGAUAUUCCUAUUAAAGAUAAAUAUCCAGGAAUGAUGGAUGGUUUACCUGAAGGAGUUGAGGUGAAGGACGUUACCAAUAUACUAUACAAGUUCAAAUACACAGUUGGAUUCCAUGGUCACUAUGAAAAGGGUCUUAAAGACGGUAGUAAAAUUGGAGGAUACUUCGUCAACGGUAGAGAUGGAAUUAGCAGAGUAGUUACAUAUGUUGCUGACGAAAAUGGAUACAGACCUAAAUUUAAGUUUAUCAAUCUUGGUUUGGAUUCCCCCGAUACUCCAAAUGAAAAAACAGAAAAGACUUUUGGACUUAAAGAUUUCGAAUUUGUUUGGUAUCCAGUGGAAUAAUUUAUUACCUAUCUAUCCAAGUUUUAUUUAUUUGAAUUAUAUCUUUUAAUAAAUGUAUUCGAUGUAGCAAUAAAAAAUAUGAUUGAUAGUGAA